AUGCCAAAACUAGAAGAAAUCACCGAUUAUAAUGAUAUUGAUGAUCUAGAUAUGGAUUUAGCAGAAUUGGAUCCUAGCUUGAGGACUCCAAUAGCUCCCAAAAUAACACCAACCGUGGUCAGAAGUCAAGACAAUGAAGAGGCUACUCAAUUACCAGAUUUUGCCACUCAGUUUCAACAAUCGAACUACAAUAAUAUUGGAAAUGAGAAUGCAUUUGCGUUUAUCAAUCCACAGACUGGGAAAAUAGAACGUUCCAAACAAGUAAGUAAAGAAAUUUUAAAAGAUAUGAAGAAAUUUCAAAUACUAUAUCCAUGUUACUUCGAUAAGAAUAGAUCUCAUAAGGAGGGAAGAAGAGUCCCUAAGGAAUUGGCAGUGGAAAAUCCAUUAGCCAAGACAAUGGCUGAUGCUGCGGGGAACUUGGGAUUAAUAUGUGUCUUUGAAGAUCAGAAGACACAUCCACAAGAUUUUGGGAAUCCAGGAAGAAUUCGUAUCUUGCUAAAGCAAAAUGGUCAAAUUGCCGCUGAUGGUAAUAGAUUUAAGGGAGGUAAACGAGAACUAAUGAAAUCAAUUGCAAAAUAUUUACAAAAACAUCCAACGACUUUGAAAUCAUUAAGAGAACUUCCAUAUGGACCAGAUUAUGAUGGUGUAGAAUCUAAGAAAAUACCACGUGUUAAAGGCUUUAAGAUGAAUGACAUAGUUCCUUUACACAGUCCAUUAUUAAUGGGCCAUCCAAUGGUUAAGUCUAUAUAUGAGGAACAACCUCAAGCGCCUAAACCAGCUAUAAAUGAUAAACCAAUGAAAAUGCCUAAGAAUAAAUACAAAGUGAUCAGGAGAUAA